UCUUUCCUGCAAUUAAAUCGCCCACAUUCCUUUCCUCUCACACACCAGACAACCAUGGUCAGAUUCCUAGAGCCCCCAUUAGUGGUACUCUUCCUUCUGUUCCUUUUCGUUCUCGCUUCACGUUUCAAUGUCUCGCCGGCAAUUUCGUCCGUGACGGCCAUCUCACGGGACCAGGUGGCCUGCACUUUGUGCUCCUCCUGCGACAAUCCUUGCCAGCCCAUUCUCUCUCCGCCGCCACCUCUGCCCCUGCCGCCGCCGGAGCCCAACUGCCCGCCGCCGCCUAUGCCCCCACCGCCGCCGGAGUCCAACUGUCCGCCUCUGCCUCGGCCGCUGCCGCCGCCGGAGUCCAAUUCUCCGCCUCUGCCGCUGCCGCCGCCGCGGCCGAUUGGAAUCAACUUUCCAGAAUGGCCACCUCCGAACCCCAUGAUGCCUUACUUCCCGCUUUACCAUUACAAUCCACCGGCCUCUGCCGACAUCUACAGUUCCGCCGGCAUGAUGGCGAAACGCUCAACUCUUUCCGCCAUUUUCCCUCUUCCUCUCAUCCUGUCGUCGUUCAUUGUCUAAGCAAAUAAUUAUACCCAUUUCAGCUCUACUUAUUUUGUAAAGUAAAUAAUCAGCUUUACAAAUGACUUGUUGUAGAUAAACAUGUGCUCUUAUUGGAGUACCAGCUGCUGUCUGUUACUGCCCCACGGCUCCUUCAAGGAAGAAGAAGAAGAAGAAGAAGAAGAAGAAGAUGGCGGGUGUAUCUAUAUUUGUUAGAAAGAAAUAACGACUAGCUAGCUAUUGGAUCAGGCUUCAUUAAUUUACUGUAACAUUAAUGGAUAGCCGUUUGUUGGAAAACGUAUUGUGAGUAUCAGCAGCUUUGCACAAGUUACUGUUAUUAUAUGAUCAUUGUUUCUCAAUCUAUUAUGUAAUUAUAUAACGAAUUUUCCAUUACUUAAUAUAAAACUCAGUCAGCCGCGCGCAGCCGUAUG